AUGUUUGGUGUUGUCAAAUUUGUUUGCACCUUCAUUUACAUUCUCUUCAUUGUGGAUUCAUUUGGUAGACGAAAGGCCUUCAUGUGUUCCUCGACCGUUUGUUCGCUAUGCUUCUGGUACAUCGGCGCAUAUAUUAAGGUGAACGAUCCUACGCAGCCGGGCGUAGAAGCUGGCCCUGGUGGUACUGCUGCGAUCGUUAUGAUGUAUAUUUGGAUCGCAUCUUUCAUUCUUGCUUGGUCAGGAGGUCCUUUUGUCGUUGGCAGCGAAGUUUUUGAUCAAAAUAUCCGUUCUUUUGUCCAGGCAAUCAAUGCUGCUGUGUCUUGGAUCCCAAUUUUUAUCAUGAGUCGUUUCACGUCGGACAUGAUCCGAUCGAUGGGCUACGGCAUUUAUUUCCUUUUUGCAUCUUUGGCAGUUUUGUCUGUUCCUUUCGUGUACUUCUGUAUUCCAGAAACAAAAGGCCUUGCCUUGGAAGACAUGGACCGAUUGUUUAACAAGAAUAUUGCUCCCCGACUUGCUCACUCUAUCGUGCUCAAGGAGGCUAGAAGAGGAGCGGAAGCGCUGAUGAAAGAGCAUCAUGGCCUUUUCAAAACAGACACAAACAAAUUCGAUGAGCAUCUGCACGAUGAAAACUUCAUGAAAUUUAAUACAGACAAGGUAUAG